AUGUAUCAGGGUGAUCCUCUUGGAUUGAUUGAGAUGCGUGACCUCGUCCCCACCGCGAGUCGCGACUACUCCGCAACCCCAUCGCGACUACUCCGCACCCCCUCAGGUGGAGCACGUAUUGGAGAUGGAUGUAUCAGGGUGGAGCACGUGUUGGAGAUGGAUGUAUCAGGGUGGUCCUCUUGGAUUGGCGUCGGCCUCUCAUCACAUCCCGCACAUCUCCGCGACUCCUUGCUGCUCAGAGUGGCCGGCCUGAGAGAGUACUUCGCCUGCAGGGGCGGCGCCCCUCUGGCCUACUACUCGCUGGGCAUCCAGCGUCAUCUCAUCUUCCCCACCACCUCCGCCAUCAGUAGUGUGGGUCCCACAGGCGGAUUCAUCUUCUCUGGCCUAGCCUCGGGCUCAGCCACGGGGCUGGACCGAGCGCUAUCCAACUUUCUAGACAUGGAGGAUCCGGAUGAGUUCUAUGAGUGCCGCACCAAUGCUCCCUCAGAGACGUCUAGUGAUGGCGUGCUACAGAGGGACCUGUCAGGAGUCAUGGUGGACGGUGUAGAUGUUUCCAAGCUCCCUGAUGACUGGUUGUCGGUCCCUCGGGAAGUGACCCCUGACUCCCUCUCCCUGCCGCUCUUCAUCGACUGGAGCAAGCUGAGCGGCUCUGUCGCCCCCAACCACUCCGGCAAGGGCAGGAACUGCUGGAGCCGGCCAGACUGCAAUGUGUACAAGCUGAGGAGCAGGAGCUACCUCACAGAUGGCAGCAUGGCGCCAGCUGGCGAGCCGCUGUGCCAGCUGGUGGCAGUGGAUUGGCUGAAGCCAGACAAACACCCUGCUGCCCACGUGGCAGCCCACAAGAAGUGCCUUGUGCAGAGAGUACGGGCCUGCUAUGGAGACCAGGCACCGUUCUUCAUUCUCAUCAACCUCCAGGUUCCAGCAGGCAAGGCCGUCUACUCCAUGGUCUUCUAUUUCACAGCAGAGCGCCACGUGCUCGACCUGCCCUCCAUGCGCCGCUUCCUGGGGGCAGAUGAUUCGUACCGCAACAACCGCCUCUCCCUGCUGCCCUCCGUUCCAGAGGGCUCGUGGCUGGUGAAGCAGGCAGUGGGGUCGCACAAUGUGGUGAUGGGGCAGGUGAUGGAGACGGCAUAUCACCACUCCACAGACGAGUACUUUGAGGUGGAUGUGAACAUGGCAUCAUCAUCGGUGGUGCGAGGCAUCAUGGGCAUGGUCUUUGGAUACAUCACAAACCUUGUGGUUGACAUGGCAUUCUAUCUCAAGGGAGAGACUGAGGACGAGUUACCAGAGCAUAUUCUAGGAGCAUCUCGCAUGGUAGCUCUGUCCGUUCAACUCUUUCGUCAAUCAAGCGUGGUAUCCGCGUCAGGCUGUUUUCCCGCGUGCGGUUUUUGGAACCCCGGAACAGCGUCGCCUCGUAGCGGCUCUGUUCGGCUUUCUACUCGGCAUUCCGACUCCGCGUUUAUGGCACCGAUACCGUCGAUAGCAUCGUCCGUUUCCUGCGCCAGAUCCGCGCUGCUAUUGUCUUGUGCUCCGAUAAAAGCUCUCAACCCUCCUACAGCUUCCAAAACUUUUGAUGCUUUCAAAGCCAAAUCGUACGGUCUUGCAGCUUGCCAUCAAUUUCAACGGUUAAGAUCGUUUCAGACGCGUUCGUCCAACCCCGUACGAUCUUUUAGCAAUAUGCGGCCUCAGUCUUCUGCUCGGAAUGCUGAAAGCCCAACGCGUAGGAAUUUCCGAACCAAAGCUUCGGGGGAGACGCCUGCGUCGGAAACCGGUGGUUCGGAAGGGUCAGCCUCGAUUUCCGAGCCGCGUUCACCGAGCCUCUGGGCGAAGCUCGGGCAGAGCUUCAACCUGCAAGGAGUCACGGCUGUGGCGAGCGUGGCCGUUUCGAAUCCGAGUCUUGCUGUGCCGCAUGUGUCCGUGCCUGAUAUCAGGUGGAUUGAUUGGAAGGCCCUUCAUGCAGCUGAGUUCAAGGCAGUCGUGUUCGAUAAGGAUAACACACUCACGCUUCCGUACGAGAUGCAGAUGGAGAAUGGGCUGGUGGCUUCCCUGGACGUGUGUAGGAAGACAUUCGGAUCAAAAGGCAUUGCCAUUCUGAGCAACUCUGCAGGGUUGAAGCAGUAUGACCCUGAUGGCUCCUUGGCAGCAGCAAUGGAGCAGGCCCUGGGGGUGCCUGUGAUUCUUCACACGGAGAAGAAACCUGGUGGAGGAGCAGCAGAGCUGGAAACACAUUUCGGAUGCAGGGCAGAUGAGAUGGUUAUGGUUGGAGAUCGGUGUCUGACAGACAUUGUGUUUGGCAACCGCAACGGGCUUCUCACCGUUUUGACGGCUCCACUUUCUCCUGGAGAAGAUCCCCUAGUUGUCCGACAGGCUCGCAAAUUUGAAGAUGUGCUUGUGACAACCCUUCACAGACGAGGGGUUCAGGCACCUCUGCAAGCGAAGUUUAGCAGCUCUUACUCUUUUGUCCUGCCUCCUGCUUGCUGGUGA